AGUGGCAGUGUCGCGUAUUGCUCUUUCAUACGGCUCUGGAAGGCUUUAAGGUUAGCUAUGCUUCUGUUUCCAACUGCCAUCUUCAUUUUCUGCGUGGCUGCAGCCAGCGGUGAUUCUCGUUUUGACUCGCUCGACGAAGAUCAGAAAUCGAUGCUUAGAAUGUUGCGAGACACUUGCCUCGGAGAAAGUGGUGCAGACGAAAGCCUCAUCAAAAAAGCCGUCAAGGGUGACUUUGCAGAAGAUGAAAAACUGAAGGUGUACAUGGCAUGUACCUUCCAGCAAAUAGGAGCCAUGGAUGAUGCUGGUGUGCCUGAUAUGGACACUAUGGUCAGUAUGCUUCCAGAGAGCAUGCAGGAGAGAGGGGGCAAGAUGAUUGAGGCCUGCAAGACCGUCAGUGGCAGCGGUGCUCCGGACACAGCAAUGAAGCUGAAUCAAUGUUUUUAUAAAAGCGAUCCUGAGUUCUUCUUCAUUAUAUAAAGAAGACAUAAGAAUCCAGAUUACAACCGCAGGGAUUCAUCAUUUGCUGACAUCCUCAAAUUUCGACUUUACACAUGAGAAUAAAACUGUAUAUGUUACCUAUUAAACUCAGCAGCAUAAUUUGAUGUCCUUACAUUCAAACACAAAACUAUUCGUAUUUCCCUUAGUAUCUAGACUAAAAUUAAAGUGCACACUUUCCAACUUGUUCCUUCAUGCAGUGGCUGCACCUUGAGAUCUCCCUACACUUGAAGAUGGAAGCUGAUGUCCAAGUCCCCAAGUUUCCGACAAAAUCAAUCGCACCAAUUGCUAUAAAAUGAAUGUAUUUGUAAUCAAUAAAUCUGUCAUCACUUACA